AUGGCAAAGUUCUUAUGGAUUCAUCAUACGGUAUAUUUAAGUCAAAAUAAGAUUUCAAAGAUACAUCUCAAAAAUGAAGGGCCAUUUUCGUUACUGAAGGGGUAUCUACAAGAGCCUUAUCCUUCAAUUCACCUGAUUCUCAAAGGAUGGAAAAGGCACAAAAGAAACAUUGUGAACCCUUUAUCACUGAAUUUGUAUUUAUUAGAUAUAAUGUAAUUGGAACAUAUAUUAGUUUAAGCCAAAUUGUUAGUAUUAGUCUACUUCUAUUUGGAAUAUAUAUGUUUAUGGUCAUCCAUUUGUUUGCAUUCACUUAACUAAGAAGGAAUGGGAAUGGCAUUAAUGGAAAUGAUUAAAGUAGCCAAUUUUCAUAAACCGGAUCAAAUAAUCAAUGGGAGGAGAAUAAAAGUCAUCCAUCUCCUUUUGUGUUUAUCAGUUUUGGUUUUAUUGAAAUGUCUGAUGCUCCAAUACUUACAUGAAAUUGAUCUUCCAUUAAUUAAUUAUAGGCUAGUUCAUUAUUAAUUGGAAGAAUAUUUGCAACCGAUACUUGAUAUUGGCCAUAUCUGGAUAUUGCAUAGUAUCAUUUAAUACAUUCUAUUAGUAUAGAAUAUCUUUAAUAUAUUUCCCUUAACUAUUGAAGUCUGUUACUAUUGUUUAAAUAUUUUAGGACCCUUGUAACGUUCGUUUCUGCUCCAGUAGUAUUGGUUGAUGACAUAUUAAAAGUACUUUCAUGAAUGA